AUGCACUGCCGGAUUUUUGCCGUAGUCUGGAGUCUCGUCUUCUAUUUAUUGCUCCAAAUUGUCACCGCUGAGCACUGCUUUACCGCCCGGAAACCAAAGACCUUGCGCCUACGCAACGCUGCAACUGCAAGGGGCUGGGAUCAUAAUGCGAGGGUGCGACAAAUCAACGACGGCCAGUUCGGGAUCAAGACGUGCAGCGUGCCGAAGGUGAUGUCGUCGAUGGUCAGUCAUGUGAUGUGCGAUCUCUUCCAUGCAUAUCACGGAUCCAAUGGGGAUGCCGGCACUUCGAGGAGCGGUGACAGUAACUGCCGGAAGCACCCCGAUGUGACUCGGAUGGUCAAGAGGCGUAGAGGUGUCUGGAAGCCAGCCAAGAAGACCGUCCAUUUCGCCGUGGCCCGCGAGCCAAUCGACCGUUUUGUCAGCGGCUAUAUGCAUAUUUGCGCAGGCCCCGAGUCCUGCGACGGGCUGAACAUUCACAACUUCACCAAAGCCAUCUACAAAGCUUUUGACCAAACGCCGCCCCGGUGGCAGAAUCCGCAACAGAGCUUUCGCAUCCUGCACCACUUUGCCCCGCAGACAUGGUAUUGCGCGCCGGAAAAAGUUCGCUUCAAGUACAGCCCUAAAUCCGGAAAGAUGGCCUCGGAAUUUCGUAAAAUCAUGGAUGAAGCUAGGGUGCCGAGGCAGCAUCAGAAAAAGAUCCUGCGCCGCAUCCGCGACCAGCCAAUCAACACCAGCAACUCGACGGAGGCGCAGCGCCGCGCGCUUCGCGCCGAAAUUUUCGGGCACUGCGAGACGCUGCAAAAGAUUAUAGCACGGCCGAUCGCCGCAUCCGAUAAACGACCUUCUACCAUCAAGGGCCAGCGCCAGGGCUCU